AGCAGGUCAGAACUGCUGUGGAGAAGAAGCAGGAUCAGAGAAGCAGCCAAGAAGAUGGUGUCCUUUGUGAAUGUUUUCCUGCUCUGGUCUUUGUGUGUGGCACAGCAUAGUGACAUCUCUCAGCCGGUUCCUUUCCAAACAGUGAAGCUCGGAGACUCAGCUACUAUUGAGUGUCACAUAAAGAGUGAGAUGGGAAAAAGAGUGUGGUACAAGACUACAGGGAAAAAACUGCAGCUUGUGGUAGAAAUAAACUCCAGCUAUAAUCUGAGUGUAUUUAGUGCUGAAUUUCAUCACCGUUAUUCAGUAAGAUUUGACAAAUUCAUCAGUAAUCUGAGCAUAUCUGCAACAACAUGGGAGGAUGUUGGAACAUACUUCUGUGGAGUAAUGCACUUGGACAGCAUCAAGUUUGGACCAGGAACCUUUUUAAUGCUGAAAGGUGCAAAGAUGAUCAGCGACUCUGUCGUCCAGCAGCCAGAGUCUCAGUCAGUCCAGCCAGGAGACUCUGUGACUCUCAGCUGUUCUGUUCUCACUGGCCACUGUGCAGCAGAACACGUUAGUGUCAUGUGGCUGAAAACCUCAGAUCAUUCUGCUCCAGAAAUGAUUUACUCCUCUGGAAAUAAGAAUGACAUCUGCCAGAGGACUGAGAGCGGAGAAACUACCUGUGUGUCCAACCUUCUCAUGAGGAACCUCAGCUCUGAUGAUGCUGGAGCCUACUGCUGUGUUGUGACUUUGUGUGGACAGAUACUGUUUGGAAAUGGGACCAGGAUUAAUAUUCACAACACCAAGCCACCUGAACAGAGUCCAACCGGUAUCGCACUGACGCUGUCAAACAUCAUUCUUGGGACUGUGACAGUCUUUCUUAUAUGGACACUUUGCAAGAGGAAAGAUUCCACAGAGGCAACUGAUGGCUGUUCAGAAGGCAAUCAGACUAGUGAUGCAGUUAUCUAUGAAGAUUUGUGUUCUGUUCCCAGAAGCCUCCCAGCCAGUCAAACCUCAGUGAGAUCCACUGUAGUUUAUUCUGACAUCAAAUACUGUCCGCAGAACUGAGUUGGGUGAUCUGGGGAAUGCAGAUAAACCAGGCAGAAUGAAGAAUGCCUUGCUACUAAACAAAUAUAUAUCUAUCUAUAUAUGUUUAGUGGUAUAACAACUUUAAAAUAUGAGCUUUAGCUUUGUCAUGUAUGAAGAAGUCAGCCACUGGAGCUUAGCUCUCCCUGAUUAAAACUGUACUCAGCAACUUCACAUCUUUUCAGCAUGAAUGGUAUAUUUAAAUACUGUUGAAUGUGCUACGGACUGAGCUACUGCCACCCCAAUAUCAUGCCGCUGAUUCUGAACAAAGCAAUGGUUUACUGUUUUAGAUGCUUUUUAUUUAAUUGAAUUCUUAAAUUUAAUUUCAGUACUAACGACUAUGGAAAUACUAAAUUGCUGAGUAAACAUUUAUUGUUGGGCAUGUGUGUGCUGCAACAAAUAACUGAAUGACCUGCUGAAUCUGAAUAAUGCUUUUGUUGAUUAUUAUUGUCAUUUUUCUGUGGUUGGUCUAGUUUGAAGCCUUUGGGCCAAUUCUGGCAUGUCAGUUGUAACCACUGUAUUUAGGAGUUUUUAUGGAUUAAAUUUUAAAUGAAAUUAUAUAUAUUUAGAAGCUGCUAGCAGCCUUUAUAUUAACAAUCAAUAAAGAAGUUUAAUCAAUCAAGCAGUCUUGAAUGACUGUGGCUGCUGCAUUAAGACGGCUGCUGGAUAAAGUUAUUUAAAGUACGUUUGUAGUUGUAAAAGUCAGAUGUAGAUAAAAUACAGAAUAAACCUAAGCUCCUAUAAUCGACUAAAAUCAUUCUACAGAAAAAUGGACAGUGGAUGUCAGAGACCUGCUACUCUUACACUAGCUAUAUAUACACAAGCUAUAUUUUCUCACCCUUGUGGUAUCUGUUUUCUGUUUAAUGUGCCAAACGUUUGUGAUGUCUACCUCUGAACAUUCUACCAUGACCUCAAUAUGGAGUGAAUUCUGUCUUGUGAAACAGCUUGAAAAAAAUCAGCGCUGUGUCUUUGCAAAAGCUACAGGGAAGAUGUUGUUACCCAGGAAAACUUCACAAUGAGCAGUUUCUUUUUGACAAUUUCUUUCUUGAGUGUAAAGAAGUUCCAAUAAAAAAUGCUCUGAGAUAGGUCUGUCAUCAUCAAAUGUAAGUUUUUAGAAACACAAACAAUUUCUAUUUAACUGCACUGUUUGAAGAUAAAACUGAAACAGCAUGGCAAUGAGUAAGCUGGUCCUUACGUGUAGAAUAGUAUGAACAGUAGUAGACAAAAAAAAAAUUUAAAAAAGUAAUUAUUCAGACAUCUUUUAAAUAUUGCUUCACAGAGGAAUGUGGAAAGUGAGCACAUCACCAGGAACAGAACAUGUUUGUUGUUGAAGACUGAAGUAAAUAGUUACUAUUUAUGACUAGUAACAGAAUGAAGUGAGUACUAAGUUGAAAAAACUGACAUUGCUCAACACUGCAAACAGCAGAGAAAAUUAUUAAGCACUCUGGAGUUGCAGAGUAAAAAUGAAAGCCGCAUGUUACCGUGUCAGUCAUUCACUCACUCACAUUAGAAGCCUCACCCACAUUUCUUGGUAGCUCAUAGUACCUUAUUACCCCACUAGAACACUGUAAAAAAUUAAGAUGGGAUCCAGACAGAGAUGCUCUCAGGCUAGAGUCCAAGUCAAGUCUCAAGUCACUCGUGGUUAUAAUGAAUGUUGUCACCUGCUGCGUUCAAUCCAGGAUGCUUAGAACACUGCAUAGCUAUCAGGGAUUCUUUAAUUGUAACCUGUUUUUCACUUACAGAGCACAACCAUAUAACGUGCAAUGCAAUUAUGACAGCUUGUUAACUCAGUCAACACAUCCCCCAGACCCUCAAACCCAGUGUGAUGUUAACUAAAUAAAACGUAAAUGUAACGUUACAUGAUCAACAAUAAACCUGUAACCUGUUUGCAGCCAACAUUAAUAAUUAAUGUGACGGCAGCCAGCGGUACAUAAAUAAUUACAUUAAUUGACUUUGAGUAUAUUAACAAAUGCUCAUUCAUCUUUUCAUAACGAAUGAUAGUCGGAGUCAACCUUUGAAAGAAAGCAAGCUAAUGUUAGAUGGCCACUGCUGAGCUAAACAUGUUCACUAACCUCAGGUUACUAAGCUAUUUUGCUUUCAGCCCUUCUUUGUGGAUCUGGAUGCCAUCAUGCACCCACUGUGGCCUCCUUGGCUGUAUGCUUUUCCGCCGGUUCGGCUGAUGCCUCGCCCCCUGAACUGCCUGCGAUUUUCAGCCUUGGCAGUGAUCCUGGUGGCUCUGAAGCCUCUUACUCCUCCAAAUGGUCGGCGUUCCAACACUGGUAUUUGGACCCAGGCCUGUCCACUGCAUGGGGUGCUUAUGUGAUCCAGCUGCUCAUGGACAUAGUUCUGGCAUUCAGUACGGUUAAGACCUACGCUGCAGCCAUUUCGCCUGUCACAACGUGUUUCGCUGACAGGACAGUUUUCGCUCACCCGCUGGUGAAGUACUGCACACCGUUAUGUAAACCCAAUAGCGAUAGCCUUAGAGGGCUGCGUCUAUACUCAUAGAAUCUGGAGUUACAAUACGUAGCUAUCGUUAUGACGGUCAAUGCACGGAUUCACCCUUCACUGUCUACCUUAUUUAUGUAAAUUAAUGUUUAAAUAUUGGCAUUUGUAGGGUGACAAAACCCCAUUUUGAGAGUUAUUGGUCCCUGAUUUCAGGGUGGUUCCCUGUAUUUAUGAAUCUUUAUUAAUAAUUUGUAAUAUUAAUAACUAUGACUAUUUCGACAUUUUUGCUAAUAACCAAACAUACCCCAUCUCAAAUAUUAUAGUUCUAGUCAAAUACAUAUACAAAAUCAUGGACCAGUGGCAUGCAACAGGUCUUCACAAUACUAAGCAUAUCACUCAUCUCUCAUAGGUACCAUGACAGAGCAUGGGCAGCCUGUGCGUAUGUCCUAAGCUGCCAAAUAUGAACACAAGCAGUCGUCUACUAUAGCCUAGCUCUGAGAUGGUGUUUAGGAAUGGUUGAUAUUUUAUGACCUUUGUCACACACACACACACACACUCUGCUUGCUAAUGGUAGGAAAUGUUGGGUCUCUGUAAAUAAUAUUAGAAAGUACGGUCUAGACCAGCUCUAAAAGAAAAGUACAUUGAGAUAGAUUCUGUUAUGAAUUGGCGCUAUAAAAAAAAUUGAAUUUAAUUGAAACAGAAAAGGUAAAAUUCAAAUACAAAGUAUCAGUAAUCAACAGCAAACUACAGUGUGUUAAAAAUGGUUCAGCUGAAAGCUCUGCAGUCAAAUGUGCAGGCCAUAAAGUAAAAUCCGUGUAUUAAAAGAGAAUGUUGUAAUAUACAGAAUUGGAUACAGACACAGACAGAGCGGACUCCAAAAUUCGCUUUGAUCUAUUAAAACUUCUUCUAACCAUAAAUGUACAGAGAGGGCGUGAAGUUUAAACUGUCCAACUCUCAUCAUUUUGUUUUUUACUGUUGUGAAAGAAGUGUGAACUUCUGUGAACAGGUUUCCGCUGAUGGAAACUUAAGACCUAGCUUGAACACAGGAAGACUGAGGCCUGUGGCCCCCAAGCCACAGUGUAGCAGCUUAGACAGUCAUUUUAAAAGGACAGCUGUGUGAACUAAGGCUCAUAUCUUAAAUGCAGAUAACGUGUACUCAAAUGUGAAAUAUGAGCCUUCACCAAGAAAGGACUCAACACUGUAUUGUGACAGCAGAUUAUCAUCUUAUGUUAGCUUUCCUUAGUUCACUAUGAUCACACACCUUACACUAAUAAUUUCAGUUGGUUGUUAUGCAUUAUAAAGUAUAAAACAACUCAAUAAUUGAAGUGUUUCCAGGCUCAGAUCGCUGUCACUGCAACAUUGAUGAGCUUGUGACCGGGAGGUUGCCGGUUCAAUCCCCGGUUCACUCCCCAGAUUGGCAGGAUAUAAUCUGGGUGUGGAAAGUAAACCAAGCAGUGCUUACCACCACUGAGGUGCCCUUGAGCAACCUGGGCAGCUUCCAGGUAUGAAUAUGUAACAGUGUGAAUAUGAUCAGGAUAUGAUCCUGCAAAUGAGAGGCUGCCCUCAGUGAAGCUCCCUGAAUAAAUAAAGGUAAAAUAAAACAUUGGCACAUGUCACAUAUACAGUUUGUUCAUACGUAAGGCCAAAGCAAAGUCUUCACAGAACGGGAUGUUGUUUUUUGUACAUGCUACCACAAACCCAAAGAGCAGGAAGCUUUAACCCAUUUACAGAUAAAAGCAAAGAGAUGAGAUCUUGUGAUGUCUUUGUCUCUUUGUGGUUUCAUGCAGGAUGUUUCUUCAUCAGUUCUUCUCUGAAUCGGAGUUAUAGAUCCUACCUACAUCUAUGCAGAUCUUAAACACACAGUAACAUAAAUUUUUAGAUCAAUUACUAAGAUAGACAAUAGUAGCUAAAAAUGUAAUAUGGAUAUCCACAAGCAUUUAUUUAGAAAGGUAAACAAAAGCAAAACACAAAAUGAAUGCUAACUGAAAUGCACUAAACUAAAGACAAAGAGAUGUGUGUGCGUGUGUCAUUGUUAUGCCUCCUUAUGCAUCGCGUGUACGAGUAUGGACGCACAUGGUCAGGACAAAGAGAGUUCCUCUCUUCACUGCGUGGUUGUGUUUGGGCCAAAUCAGAUGUGAAUGUGUGUGAUCUGUGAAAAGUUCCUUAAGCAUGCUAGUUGUUAGCUGGCAGGUCUGUUGUGGAUUCAUCCAGGCGUAGAAGAAAUGUGGUUCCAUUGCAGUCUUAAGUGUAACUUUCUGUUCAUGGGAUACUGAGUUCCAGGACUCACAUGAUUAGUGUGAUUAGUGACAAUUUGCAUAUUGCUUUAUUCACAUAAGUGCAACCCAAAACACAAUUAUAUUUUCUUCUGUUUUCAUUGUGUAUUUGGCUCUGAGCUUGAGAAAACACAUGUGACCGACAUUCGGUACUGUGCCUGAACACAUCUUGUGCAGAUACUGAACAGGGACUGAAGCUUCUGCUGCUAUUCUACUGACAUGUUGCUUUAUUUUAGCCUGUACUGCAGAGAGGGCAUGUAUCAAAGGUCCCUGUCUAGAAUCUAUCCAGUAGUAGUAGUAUGUCGGCAGCGAGUGCCUCCACAAAUACAAAAGAAUAUAAAGCAUGACAUGGCUGCGCUUCUGUUCACACUGAUUCUGUGUAGUGUUCAUUAAUCCCACUAAGGGAUAAGUUUAUCUCUCUAUGUUUGACUCCACAGCUCUUAAGAGAGUCUAGGACCCAUAAUUUAUUUGCAAGUUACCUGGUCAGUGUUACUGUAUAUUGAAGUCUCUCUUUAUGCAUCUGGUAAUUAAGUCUACCUCCCCCUAUCUUGAUGAAAUUGUUAUACAGCACAACAAUAAGACUAUCUCUAAGUCUUUGGACUGCAGGCCAGACCUAUAACCUUUAAACCAUCUUUGUUCCAGGACAAAAUAAUAAGGAAUGAUUAAAUUAUGUCAUUUUGAAGGGGUUGUGAUGCUAAAAAUAAAGUAUCCACCGUUUUACAGCCGCUUGUUUGGCUACACAUAAAACUGGCUUCAGAAGCAUGGAGCACUUCCUGGUAGCCUGGAGGAAAUGCAAUGUGAACAAGCUGACUAAGUUCUAGCGGUCUGUGUUGCUGCAAAAAAACAUUGCAGGAACACAGUAUCUCACAAAAGUGAGUACACCCCUCACAUUUUUGUAAAUAUUUGAUAUUUUCAUGUGACCCUGAAAAAAUUAUACUUUGCUACAAUGUAAAGUAGUGAGUGUACAGCAUGUAUAACAGUGUAAAUUUGCUGUUCCCUCAAAAUAACACUUCACACAGCCAUUACUGUCUAAACCGCUGGCAACUAAAGUGAGUAAACCCCUAAGUGAAAAGAUCCAAAUUGGGCCCUUUUCCCUCCCCGGUGUCAUGUGACUAAUAGUGUUACAAGGUCUCAGGUGCAAAUGGGGAGCAGGUCUGUUAAAUUUGGUGUUAUCGCUCUCAA